AUGUCAAACUCAAGGUCAUCUGAACUAUUUAGAAGUAGUUCGAGAUUCGACGUUGAUUCAUUUUGUAAUUUGAUCCAAAAUGCGAUACCUCAAGUGGUUGAAGAUGGGAAGAUUAUUGUCGAACCAGACCUGGAUCAAGACGGUUUCAGCGACACUAUAGCACCAGUAGCCAUCGCCCCACCCAGUGGCUUCAUAUCGAAAUUACCAUUUCAAAAAUUAAAGCCUCCGAGACUAAGAACGCCAACGUUGAACGCACCAAAAUUGAAACCUUUACACGGAGCUUCAAGACCACCCAAAAUAGGAUCGCCGAUGAAGUUCUCCAAAUUUAGGUUCGAAGAGGAAUCUAGUGCGGAGAAAUUGGAAAAGUUUAAAAAAGGAGUGCAGAAUAUGCUGCAUUUCGUGAAAGUUUUGGGCAAAAUAGAUCAGUAUGUAUCGGAGAGGAUGAGAAUCAUUGUUGACCAAUUAUCAAGGACAUUCGCCGAUUGA